AAGGUUGGGGAGGAGGAUGCAGCAGGAGGAGGAGGAGGAGGAUGAGAGGCGGUUGCUGCAGAUUAUGGAUCAAACAGCGCUAGAAAGGCUGCUGGGGUAUGGGAGAGAGGAGACGGGCGCGAGUGGGAAGCAGGAGAAGGAUGGCGGUGGGAGUGGCAAGUGA